UAUCUGGUCUGUUCAGUAACUUUGGAGAACCUGCAUUUCGGCACUUUACAAUUUUUACGCCGAAUUUCUUGUUAUUGUGCAACACUAAACCCAACUAGCGCAACUUGCUUUUUUUAAGUACACAUUUUACUUUGAUUCGAUAAUAAAUUAGGUCUGCUAUAAACUUAGUGCAUUCAACCAUCAAUUACUUUAAUUCACAACGAGGUUCGAACAUGGCAAACGCUGUGCGCAAAAUUUGCACGAAAAUCGGAAACGGACAUCAGUAUUUAAGCGGAAGUAACAAAGCGUUAACGUACGGACAGUGGAUGACUGACAUCAUUCAGCCUCUGUCAGCUUCUCAGCAUGCCAAAAUAUUACCUUGUAAUUUACUGCAUCCACUUGGCAGUGUCGGACAACAAAUGGCAAACAAACACAGCUUAAAGAAUUCGGUGAUAUGGUACAAACGAAAUAAUUGUACUCGAACAUCUGUGUUACCUUUAGGCGAUUUAAAAAAAGCGAUGGUUCAACUUUCAAGUAAUCCAAUAUCCCCUGAUAAAAGAGAAGAAUCAAACCCAAGAGAUCAACCAACUGCUGAGCAAUUAGAAUUCAUGCAAAAUAACCUAGUCGAAGAUCUACCCAAACUGUUUAAAGAAAACAUAAAUUAUUCCCUUUAUCACCCCAAAUUGGUUUUUGAAAAUAAUAUCAGAGGAACAAAAAGUGUAGGACUUCAUUAUUUUAUGACUUCAAUCAGUUUAUUACGUAUUAUGGGACAUUUAAAAUAUGCGUUUGUAAAAUUAGAUGUGUUAAAAGCAACAAAGCACCCUGAAGAUGGUACGGUUAAAAUUCGGUGGAGGAUAAAAGGCAUAUCAGGGUUCAAAGUUUUCAUGAAAUUUUGGAAGUUCAAGUUUUGGGACUUUGAGAAUGCCAUCAAACAAAAUAUUGAAACAUGGCAUGAUGGAUUUUCAGUAUUUUACCUGGGCGGCGAUGGAUUGGUUCAUAAGCUCACCGUAGACAAAAUGCAACCAGACGAUAACACCGUGUUGGAAACCAAAAACCCAUUAGCUGCCAAACUCGCUUUAUUUGUAGGUUUAACUCAACAUGCCGAUAGCUUAAGUUAUUACCAUAUGCCGUUGGAUAUUAUUGAGCACACCGAGUUACUGAAUUUGAUCAUUAUGUCUUUAGAAGACGCACUUUAAUGAUUUCAGUAUGAUCAAAAAUGUUAUAGUUUUUCCUUGUAACUGUUGCUGUUUUUAUUGUUUUUUUUUUUUACUUAUUAUAUUUAUUGCUUAUCACUAUGAUUAAACUUACAAUAUAUAGUGAGAGAUAAAAAUUAGUUGUUCCUAAAUUGUGUAAAAAAUAGUUUAACAAUUAUUAGAUUUAUCUAUGUAUCUACGAGGUUUUGAUUUACCAAAAUGUGUUAAUAGUUCUCACGGUUUAACAGGAAUAAUUAAUAUGUCUAAAAUUAAUAUAUUUCGUUAGUACUAAUACAAAAUGUGUGUUAUAGGAAGUUUAUAGCGAUAAUAUGACUAUACAAAUUAACCACAGUUCACUUUCCUUACUUGUUAUUUUAUU